AUGCCAUCAUCGGCGUCGCAUGGUGGCGCACUUCUAAUGCCGUCAGUUAGUAAUUGAACUCACUUCAAUGGAAGUGUUCUAGUUUCGGAUUUUGCUCGGCGUAAUUGAACCCUACGAAGUCGGCAAGUAUGAAGUGAAUAUAUUUUUUAAGAGGCUGUUGCUUUCGGAAUAUGGAAAUUCUGGCGCUUCUUUUGAUGAUCUGCUGGUUUCGGCAAUCGGACGGUAGAGGACGCGUUGUGCCCUACAAGGCUAUCAUCGAGUACAAAGGAAUUCCGUUCUGUUCCGGGUCUGUGGUCGAGGCACUCUGGAUUCUAACGGCGGCCAAAUGCGUCGAGGAUAAGACAGUGUCCUAUCUGACGGUUCGAUUGCAUUUUAACAACGUCCACGAGCCGGGAGGAACGAUUCACAGCAUCAAAUCGCUACACAUUCACCCGAAGUAUGACCCGUCGACGGCCAAAAGGGGAAUUGCCUUGCUCAGGCUUGGCACUCCGCUGAAACUAUCGGCCCAACUUAGCCUCAUUCCUCUAGUCAAACCGGGCUACGGAAUGGAGGAAGGAACCAGAUGCACCAUUCCAGCCGCCCUGCCUAAUAUGACCGACAUCAAAGCCAAAUUGUGGACCAGGGAAAAGUGUCAAAGCGUGUAUCCGAAUGCGGUGCUGAAUUUGACGGACGAUGCACUGUGUGCAAAAAUUGUGCCACCCAAUAACGGCAGCAGCAGCAGCAGCAACAACAACAAAGUUGUCGUCAGAAGCGUCGGAAAUCGACAGGGGGCCAUUUGUGUCGAUGCAACUAUGAAGCUUCCCCUUUCAACCCAGCAACGGCUCACGCUUGGCAGCCCGCUCGUUUGCGAAGGUAAACAGGUUGGCGUCGUUUCACGGGUCGUCCAAUCACCCGUCUCGAUUGCUGGUUCGGGGUCUGUUGGAACGUCACACGGUUUGCCAAACCAGAGGCAGCAGCAACAGCACGAGAACAAACAUCAUUUCGAGUUCCUCAGCAGCAUCCAGCACACUUCGUUCUCGGGUUGCGAAGAUUCAACGACGAGGAAACCGACGACAAACGGCCACAGCAAAGGGCCCCCGAGAUCCGCCAUCGGAGUGGCCGACUUUUUCACCGACGUGGCAUUCGGCAAUCACUGGAUCAGUUCCCAUCUGACCAACAAAAGGCGGAAGCCGAACCAUCACGUGGAUUAUCAUCGUGGGGGUGGUGCGGAUGGUGGUGGUGGUGGUGGUGGAGUGGGCAGCAGUGGAGGGGGAGCAGGAGGCAAGCGACGAGGGCUGGGCAAACAGCUGAGAGGAUUCCCAUUUCAUCGGAACGGAGCAGGGAGGUCCCAAAAGAGAAGCAGCAGCAGCAGUUCGACUGUGGCUUUGUUGUUGACUGUGCUAAUUGUGGUUGCGGGCAGUCGGUUGAUUUCUAACCACCCAUGAUGAUGGCUUUGAUUCGAUGUGGCCCUUGCCAUGCCAUGUUAGCUUUAGUUAGAUACCCACAGAUGGAGGUAUGUAAGUAGUGGUUGAGUAGUCUAGUCAAGCAUUGUAACAGUGAAGUCAACUGUUAAAUUCGCAUACCACAGUUAAUAAAAAUUGUUGAAUUAUGACUCGUAA